AUGGAUCUGGAGUCUGAAAAUUCUGGCGAAGAAGAUGCUGAUGACAAAUUAAAUUCGCCAGUGUGGAGUGAAAUACAACCAGAAUCUGAUGCAGAAUUUAUGGAAGAUUAUGGACUCGUCGAAGAAGUAACUUCUGCAUCAAGAGAUAAUACAAUUCUGCCCAUCGAUUGCUAUCGUCAUUUUAUCACAGACGAAAUUAUUGAUCUGAUGGUUCGCGAAACUAAUCGAUACGCGGAGCAAUACUUGCAAACACAUGAUAUUAGCAGACGAUCAAAAAGUCAUCAAUGGAAACCAACCAAUGAUGUAGAGAUGCUCAAGUUUCUUGGAAUCCUUAUCGAGAUGGGAUUAGUACAAAUGCCGAAAUUAGAAUACUACUGGAGCAAUAGCCAGCUGUACGGAUCGGAGAUCAUUCGAAGUACAAUGGCGAGAGAUAGUGAACAGUUACCUGGUGUACAAGGAACAUUACUCAACAAACAAUAUGACUAUUCUGAAGUAUCGUGA